GGCGCUAGCGGCUAACACAGACGAUUGCAUUUUGUUCCACAAAAACCAUUAGGCCAGUGGUAACAAAACACCGACCAGUUAGAGCUUUAAUCCGCCAGUAGAUGUGUACAAAUAUGUUUCAUUGAGAUAAUACAUUUCUAUCACGCAGAAUGACGCUUGUUCGGCCUUCCUACGACGUAGGCCUGUUUUUUAGGGAGUGGACCGAAGCUGUUGGAACUCCAUCUCCCAUCAGCGACCGCGGCGUCAGUAUUUCACUGGAAGCGUGCAGCAAUGCUCCACAGAGUGUUUAAUAUCUGUCUCAACUGAGAGGACCAACAAUAAGACAAUUGAACCCAGAGCCUGCCAGGAAGAGAAGAGGCACCAUGGCUGCUUCACCUGUGCAAGGUGAAGGGAAACAACUCCGAGCCCACUCCAGAGAAGGUCACCCAUCAUCUCCAGAGUCUUCUUUGACCUGGUGCUUGGCUCACCUCUCCAAACCCGGAUCAGGAGCUGAACAUCAGGGGCAUGCAAAGACUGACUCAGGCGGUGGCAGAGAGGGGGACAAGAGGUCAAGAGCCUCCCAGUGGCGGGCCCUGGUCGCUAUCCGGACCCAGCAUAUCAAAGGUGACAAGGCGGGCAUCGCCAGAUUCAGAACUCAAGGUGGUCUCCGGCCCCUGUUGGACCUGCUCAAAAACCCAGAGUGCUCGAGGAAAACCCUGGACCUGGCUCUGAGCAUCCUAGCAAACUGCUGCACUGAGCUGCAGACACGCAUAGAGGUCCGUAAACGUGAUGGGAUAAAUAUUGUAGUUGAGAUCCUGAAGGAAAAUAUGGCCCUGGAGACGGUCCAGAACCGAGCAGCCCGGGCCUUGGGAAACUUGGCCAUGGAUCCAGAGAGCUCUGCACUCAUCCACUCUGCUGGUGGUGUUCCUCUUCUCCUCCUGUGUGUGUCUCUUUCUUCCGGCCCGUCCUCUCCGACUGCUGCUCCGCCCAAAGAGCCCUGUCCGAAGCUGGAGUGCGCUCAGUCGGCCGCUCGGGCUCUGCUCUACCUCUCAGAUACGCACUCUAACCGCCUGUCGCUGCUCACCCAGGGGACCUUAACGGCUCUUGCCCCUCUCAUCGCUCCAGAAUACCCCCAGGGUCUGAGGCGGGUGGCGCUCAGGACCCUCCAUGAGCUGACCCGGGGCUGUGGCGUUGAAUGUGCCCGAGAGGUGUCCCGCUCUGGAGUGCUCGCUCAGCUCGGUGUCAUGGCGUCGGGGCAGUGCGGUAAACCGUUUGAGGAGCUGGCACUGAAAACCCUGGCCAACAUGUGCUCCCAGGGCUGCCUGCGCCCUCUCGUGGGGUCACUGGGGGUCAUUCAGAAGUUCACUGAGGAGGUCAAGAGGGACCCACUGAAGUCUGGAGUCUUCCUGAAGGCGCUGUGCUUGUGCUGCAAGGAGGCGGUCAACCGUGCCAAGGUGAAGGAGAGCAGUGGGCUGGAGGUGCUGAUCGGCUUUCUGGCUGCCCAUCAGAGUCAUCCCGUUUCCCGACUUGCCAUCCUGGCUUGUGUAGACUUUGUUUUUGAUGAAUCUGCCAUGGAGCAGCUGCAAGAGUUAGGGCUGGUCCCUCUGCUCGUUGCCCGUCUGGUUGAGCUCGCCAGAGGAGAGGAACAAUCUGCAGAGAAGAUGGAUGUGAGCCUCUCCUCUAGCCUGUCUCCCAACGAGCUCCUGCCCUCAUCAUGUUACGAGUCCUUCGACUUUCCUCCUCCUCCUGAGGGCUGCAAGAAGGAGGAAGCUGGAAAGGAGCAGGGUCUUUGUUCAUCGAGCUUUUUAAGUCUCAGGUCCUGGUUGGUGUCUGAGGGACUGAUCUCUUCAGAGGGGGACCUGCUGGAUUCCUCUGGUGUUGAAGGAGAAUGGGGGAGUCUUCAUAUCCCACCGUCUUCAUCCCCUCAAACCUCCUCUCCAAACCCUGAUUCCUUUUCCUCUCUUAAAAACUCUUCUCCUUCCAACCAUACUGCCUCUUCUUCUAAAAAAGCUGCUCAGCCUUCCCCCGUGUCCUCUUUGGCCCAGCCCCAACUCUCAUCCUCAUGUAAAAUCCCUGAUCCGCCUCCUUCUAGUCCUCCACCUUCCAGUGUGCUCACACCCCAAACCCAGCCCAGUUCUUCCACCAUCUCGUCUCCCACUAAAACAACAACACCAGUUUCUCCCUCAAAGUUCUCGUCCCCUCACAGAAGGAGGCAGCGACCUCAUUCAGCAGCUUGUUUGACUAAAGUCACUCUUGAUACCCCUCCGUCUGUGCCCCGCACGAUGGCCUACCACCACCCCUACCACCCUGAACCCUGGACGGCCGAGUCGCCCAUCCUGCUGCUGCUGUCGCGCUUCUCCCACGCCACCGACCCGAGCGCUGCUCUGAUCAGCUCAGGCGUCAUGUCCGGCCUGCUCUACUACCUCACCCAGCACCAGGACCCCAGCAGCAGGUGCUUCCGGAUGCUUUGCCGUCUGAGCUGCAACCCAAACUGUUUGCAGGCGCUGGUCCGAACUGGCUCGGUCGCGCUGAUUCGUCACUAUCUCUGCCAGAGAGGGGGAGGAUUUGAGGGAGAGGAGAGGCAAACGGACCGAGUGAAAGCCAAAGUUAAACAACUUGGUUUUGCUCUUCUUAAUAAUCUGCGGGUCCAGUGUGAGUCUGGAUUUGGCUCUGGAGUUGUUGCCCAUGUGAUGCUGUCAGGCUCUGAGUCCGACAAGAUGAACUGUGCGUUGUCUCUGCCAUUAAUCAGCAGCAACAAGUCCUUGUUGAAGAAACUUCUUCUGGACAGCGGUGGGCUGCUCUUGGCUCUGCAGCCUCUUGGUUGUGAUGAUGUGGAUGAAGACCACCCCACUGAAGGUGGGAAGUUUCUCUCUGAUUGGUUUAACUCUUUACAUUCAGUCCGGACUUCUCAGCUCCACUCGCUGUUCUCCUCUCUACUGAUUGGAUGCCUGUCCACCCUGACGGGUGGCAUCAAGAUGGGGCUCGGCAAAAAGCAUCUUAGUCCAGUCACAAAACAGUCAGACGGUGAAAUUGACAAAGGUUUACCCCCUCCCUCGAAAAGGCCUCGUCUGGCUGACACCUGUCCCUAUGGAGCCUCAAUCUUUGACCUCCUGUUGUUGCUAGACGAUGGGACUCAGGUCCGAGCCAACAGGGAGGCAGUAGCCGGGGUGGAGGGGACAAACGGGGUCGGCUCUGAAUACUUCUUGGCUCUGUUGAGAGGCGGAUUUGGAGAAGCUCAGGGUAAUGUGGAAGAAGCCAUCCGCAUCAAAGAUGUCAGCACCGGUAUGCUGCUGCCGGUGCUGCAUUACCUCCAUGGAUGUCGCCUCACCAAGGACGCAGAAACGACCAGGGGAAGUGAUGAAGAAGAGAGCAGAGGACAGUGUCAGAUCUUGGACAAAUUAAUGCUUGAAGGUCUGGGGAUCUGCCAAAGAGAGAGAGAGAAUCGCUCAACAGAAGACUUUACUUUCCAGAAAACCGCUUUAGGCGAGAUGAUGAUUGGAGCGAGCAGAUUUUUGGUGCCUGAGCUGCAGAGAGAGUUGGAGGAUCUCUGUGUGUCUCUCCUCCUGUCCUGCUCCACCAAGGCUGCUGGUCGGGUUUCAUCAGCUCCCACGGUGGACAAAGCUGAAAAGACUGCAUCAAAAAUGGACCACGAAUGCACUGAGUCUGCCGAAGAGAACCUGGCUAAUCGAACAUCUGAGUUAGAGUUGAGUGGUUUAGAGGUGCAAACAGAAAAUCUACCAGGACAGACAAAGACACCAAACGGUUCCCAGCAGCAGACGGACAGAAAUAAAACCUCUGGAACAGUUCAAAAGUCCAGCAGAGGACUUUCGGACUUUAAGACAAUCAAAAGUGCCCCUCCAGUUUCCAGAUCAGGCUGUGCGUCAGCGGUGGGCAAAUCACUUGAUGCAAAGGAGUCAAGGUUAAGACCAAAGAACUUUAAAAGGUCAUUACAGCGUCUGAAAUCAGCAGCUCAGGGCUCCCUUUCUUCCUCAGCAGCAGGUGGAGGAGGUGGGCCCCUGGCUGCUCUCCUCCCACAGGUCUACUGGUUUUCCCAGCGGUACAGCUACUCUGCACUGGGUCGUGCCUGCCUGUCUCUGCUGCUGGGUUGUCAGGACUGUCCUCGGCCCUUUGUGUCCUCCUCCCUUGCUGGGGAUUGCCUUCGCAGACUUGCCAGAGACGCCGACUGUAUGGAAACUCUGAAACAGGAUCUACUAAGUCUGGCCACAGCAGCUCUGAGCUGAACGCGGAGGGAAAUCUCAAGUUGAGUUGUUGUGAGAGUCGACUGUGGGGCUUAUUAUGAGCUUCUACAAGAGUUUCCAUUGUAUUCGUUUUCAUGAAAUGUCUGGAAAGUACAAGUGCAGGUUACAACAACUGCAUGAUUACCUGACAAAACUUCUGUAUGAUUUUCUGGAGCGCUUACAGAACUGACUGUUGAUUUAUUUUCAUAAACUGGAAGCAUAAAUUUAAAUUUAAAUUUAGUUUUGAUGUAAUCGGAUACAAACUGUAGCCCGUCCCAGCAUGAAAUAAUUGUAUUAUAAUUUACUAAUGACAUUUGCAUUGUGAUUUUUAUUUAAUUUAAUUUUUUUGGUUUGGAAAAAGUCUUAAGAUGGAUUUGAUAAAUAUCAUUUAGCUGGAAGUACUGGAAUUAUCAGGGUUGGUCUAGUAACCAGUUGUUUAUUUUGUACAUAAAGAUAAUAUGGAUUAGCAGAUAUACAAUGUAUAGAUUCCAACUGUCCCAUAUGAAUUUAUGCCACUGAAUAUAUUGU